GUUCCGCGCGCAGUGAACCGGGUGUGAAAGUGUUUCGGUGUUGUUUUUUGGUCAAGUUGCAGCUCCUCUUCCUCCCCAAGUGCCCCAUACUGCUGCCACCAGCGCCGACGCGGCCGUCUGCUCCGGAGUUACUACCCUGCCCCUUCCUGCCCGCGCCGCUGUCUCUCUCGUCCAGCCAUUAUCUCAACCGACCGCCGGACUGAAGUGGUGCUGCGCGCGUAUGCUAGAGUGAAAGCGCUAGCGAGCGACCGCGUGUGAAGCGUGCGAUGAAGUGAGAGGGUCCGGGUGGCAGCAGCUGGUUGCGUAGUGCUGAAUUUUUCGACCCCGUCGUUCCGUUCGUAUUUUUUGGAAGGGAAGGGGAAUACCGCGUCGCCUGCUUUUGACAAUCCGGGAAAGCACACGCCACCACGGCCACGGAGCUGCUCCUCGAGCCGUGAAGAUAAGACGGCUUCUAGUCAGAAUCAAAUACGUUGCCGUUCAUUACAUCGUGGUGUCAAGUGUCCACGAGCGAAGGCGCAGGCGGUUUUUCUAGCAGGAAAUACUGCUUCCGCUGGUGGCGUAAAAAAGCAGCAGCUGUAGCAGCAGUAGCCGCAGACACAAGCGCAUUACAAUCUGCAGCGCGGCGUACGUGCGUGCGUGUGCAAGAGUGUGUGACGUCGUCGGUUUUGGAAGUGUGUUUGGAAUGUGCAGCUGCACCAACGUUCCGAGCGGCGGAAGUGGUAGCGGUGGUAGCAAAAUGAAAAAUCCCAACGGUCCGUGAAAAUGCAGCACCUUUUCCGCCGAGUGCAGCUCCGGUGUAGAACAGCCGAUUCGAGCGCUGAGUGUUGAGUGUUGGAAAGAGGCUAGAGGAAGUGGAAGUGGCGGACAGAAAGGUUCUAUGUGGAUGGUGAAUACUACAUGAACGCGCGAUUGAAAGGGAAAGCUUCUCGGUGGUAUAUAGAGUGGACUCUCCAGCGUUACCGUCCUUUCCCAGGUUUGUUGGGUUGAAAGUGCCUGAACCGCCCCAAGUGCAUGUGUUGCCUUUGGACAGUAAAGGGGCUUAGGAUAGAAGACGACUAAGAAGUAGCAUUUACGUUAAAAAUGACUUCACGACUGGACCGUUUGUUUAUUCUGCUCGAGUCAGGGUCGGCCGCGGUGACGCGCAAAGCGGCAGCCAAACAGAUCGGUGAAGUGCAGAAGCUUCACCCGCACGAGCUGCACAAUCUGCUGAGCCGUCUGCAGACGUACCUUCACAGCAACAGCUGGGACACACGGAUCGCGGCGUCACAGGCCGUGCAGGCGAUUCUUGAAAACGUACCCCAAUGGGACCCGAAGGGGUGCAGCAGCGGCGGCGUGAAGAUAGAAAAAGAGGAACCCGCCGAGGAAGAGGACUCGAACGAGGGUAAAGUGAACGAUUCUCCCGGCAAGGGCAGCCGAAACGGCCACAACCAUCGGCUGUCGUUUGACAGUUUCGACCUGAAUGCAGUCCUCUUCAAAGGUGCCCGCCUAAUGGGCUCAGAGGGUACGGAGUUUGAUCCACUGGACGAGAAUGAGGUGGUGGAUUUGCGGGAAAAGUUGGCCCGCCAGCGUGCGCUGCUUAACGAGAAGCUUGGCCUGAGCAGCGGCAUCAACGUGGACGACAUUGUGACGCUGGAUGAUGUGCGAAAUAAUGGAAGUGGUCUACCGGGAGGGGGCAGAGAUCAGCACCAGAUGGGGGCGGGUGGUGAGAAGCUGCUACCCGUGCAGGAAAUCCUGAAGCUUAACCGGCUCGAUUCUUCCGAGGGGCUUAGCUGUCGGGAGAAGAACCGUGCCCGACGGAAAGCUCGUCAACAGCAGCAAGCAUUUGCGAAUCCCAUCGCUUCCGUGAUUGGAGCGGGUUCGGGCAAUAAUACCGCCGCAACCCCCGGAGCGGGUGGUAAUGGUGCUUCCGGUGGCUCAAAUGGUUCCGGAGGGGCCUGCGGACAAGAUGGCGAACCUGAACGAAAGCGAGUCAAAACGGAGAAAGGAGAACCACUCGUGGGCCAAGGAGGAACGGUACCUUCGAGUGGUGCAGGUUCCGUCGGAGGUGGUGGUUGCACGGGAGAAGCUGUCCCCGACCUUACCGGAGCUUGGGUUGAUGCCAUCGAUUGGCCACUGGAGUCGUUCUGUUCGAAGCUCUACCUGGAUCUCUUCAGUCCUCGCUGGGAAACGCGUCACGGUUCGGCGACGGCGCUUCGGGAGCUGCUCAAAUCGCACGCGGACGGUGCCGGGAAGAGUGUGUACAUGACGAAGGCGGAAAUGGACAGUCAGCAUCAACUGUGGCUGGAAGAUGCCACCCUGCGCUUGCUGUGCGUGCUGGCGCUGGAUCGUUUCGGUGACUUUGUAUCCGACCAGGUCGUGGCACCCGUGCGUGAAACCUGCGCGCAAGUGCUGGGCACCGUUCUGCGGCAACUCCCACUGGCAAAGGUGCACCAGACGGUCAACAUCCUGCUAACGUUUGUGAAGCAAAAGGAAUGGGAAGUACGCCACGGUGGGUUGCUCGGCAUAAAGUACAUGCUGGUGGUUCGGGAGGAUCUCGUUCAAACGUUCCUACCCGUCAUCAUAAACGACGUGCUGACGGGAUUGUUCGACGCCGUGGACGACGUUGGUGCUGUUGCGGCCUCGACCCUCAUUCCCAUCGCUUCGUGGUUGCCGAAGCUGCUCAGUCGGGCACAGGUGUCCCACAUCGUCAAGCUUCUGUGGGAUUUGCUGCUCGACCAGGACGAACUGGCAUCGGCUUGCAACAGUUUCAUGGGACUAUUGGCGUCGAUCUUGAGUCUACCAUCCGCCUCGAGCUGGAUACAGAUGGAACCGAUGUCGAUCCUCGUCCCCCGGCUGUGGCCAUUCCUAAGUCACUGCAGUUCAUCCGUACGUCGCUCAACGCUGCAAACACUUAAAACCCUCACAAACAACACCAUCGCCAGGGAGGGAGGUUCCUCAAACAAUGGUACGACCAUUGCAAACGGGAAACCCCCAGACGAAGACAAGUCAGCAAUCGAAUCCAAAGAAAACUCCGGCGUUCUCAAAGUGCCCGACUCGGAAGACUCGAAGCUGGUGCUAAACUUUGGCGUUAAAGAUUGGCCACCGCCGCUGCUGCAGGAAGCCCUGCGACACAUCUUCCAGCGCGUGCUAGUCGAGCACGUGGAGGACAUCCAAUCGCUCGCCGAGGACGUGUGGAACAAUCUGGUGAUCAAUGCGGAGUUGUCGGCCCUGCUGCACGCCUCCUGUCCGUACGUGUCCAGCUGGUUGUGUCUGGCGAUGCAACCGGUCCGGCUGGCGUUCGAUCCGGGUUUGCUUAUCUACGCGAAACCGAUUCAAAGCGGAAACCGCGAACGACGCCGUCAGUUCGAUUCGUUCGACGCGGGUGGUGGCCACGGUGGUGGUGGUGGGUGCGGCAAUAUGCAUGGCGGAUCGAUGCUACAUCAGAAGCUUUUCCUGGGUGGAGCAGAAACCGUUCCGUUGGAUGUACGCGAAAAGAAUGUGGUGCGAGCGCGUUGCAAAGCGUCCCGGAUGAUAGGGCUGCUGUCGCGCUACCUUGUCCUGCCGGCACCGGGCGUGACGUACACGCCCGAGAUGGAGAGCCCCAUCGAUUGCUAUACCAAAGUGCUGAUCGGAUACCUUCAGUCCCGGUCGGCCUUGCAGCGUCUGAUCAGCAGUCUCGUGAUCGCAUACUGGUGUUCAUUCGACAGCACGAUCCAACCGGGUCCUCCCGUGCUUCAGGAACGGCUACGCGCGUGUCUCAACGAGUACGUGUACUACGAUGAGGUGGCGAUACUUUUCACCCGCCUCCUGCAAGAAUGCCGGGACUAUUUGGCCACCCUCAAGCAGCACAAGGUCCCGCUGGUCGAGUACGAUCAGCUGAAGGUGCUGACGCUCGAUCAAAUCUACCAAAUUUCGACCGCGGCCGGAUGGGCGGGCGAUGAGGCACGCACGAAGCACUGCCUCAAGACGAAGGUCGCCGAAAUGCUCGAAGAACGCCGGCGCAGCCUACUCGGAUCGCACUCCGCCACAGCGCUCGAGCAAACGACGCUUCACAUCAGCACGCAGUCGUCGGUUUCCGGGGCCGUCGUGAGUCUCCACUGUCUGCCGGACCGGCUUAAUCCCGUCGUGAAGCCACUGAUGGAGUCGAUCAAGCGCGAAGAGUGUGAGCUGCUGCAGAAACUGUCGGCAAAGUAUCUGAGCGACCUGUUGGAUCAGGUGACCACACGCACACCCUGCCCGAACAGCAAGAUUGUGACCAAUCUGUGCACGCUGCUCAAAAGCGAUCCCGAGUUUACGCCGAAAGUGAUCUGCCCGGAUCAGGAGCUGGCACACUUUGACCCUGUGAACACGGGCGAUUCCAACCCUUACCACGGCAUUCUGACGCUUAUCAAGCAACAGCAGCGAAGUAAAGAGAACGGUGGAAACUCGGGCAAUGGUCCGGGACAAUCCGGGGGUGGAUCCACCCGAGGGCCCGGAAGACCGGCAGCAGCAGCAGCAGCAACAAAUCCGAAUGUUGCACUCGAUCUUUCGUGUUCCUCCUCUUCGUCGGCUUCCGCAAGCGCUGCUGCUGGAGCCAUCGCCGAAGAGUGUCUCGGGGCGGGGGAAAGCGAGGAAACCAGUCGAAAGCAUGCCCGAACGCAACGACUCGGUGCCACCGCGGCCAUCACAACCAUCUGUGCACAGUUCAAGGCGUCCCUUCCGCAGCGGCUACCCAUCCUCUGGCAGCUGCUUCUGGACAAGCUGCAAACGCGGGUCGACGAAGCGUACGUCGAUCGAUUGGCGUUGGAUGUGAUCGCGCAAGACGAUACGAACGACUUUAUGACGUCGCUGCAGCUGCUGGAAGUGGCCGCACCCUUUCUGGACGCUUCGCUUCAUGGCGAGCUGUUUAAACUGCUCCCCAAACUGUGCCUCCUGUUGCGCCAUCCACUGAAAGCCGUACGGCAUAUGGUGGGCCGCUGUCUGGGAACGCUAGCGUCCGUUGAUGCGGCCACCGUCAUGACGAUGGUAAUCAACGACGUGGUCCCGCUGCUGUCCUGCAUCGAAAGCGUCAUCAAGCGCCAGGGAUCCGCCGAAGCGAUUGCUUGCAUCGUGAAUCGGUUGCAGUUUGAAAUCGUCCCGUACGUGGUGCUGCUCGUUGUGCCCCUCCUCGGGCGGAUGAGUGAUCCCGAUCAGUCCGUUCGGUUGGUAUCGACACACUGCUUCGCCACGCUCAUCCAACUGAUGCCGCUCGAUGGGUUGGUGACGGACGGGGCCACACGAAACCUAUCGGAGGAUCUGAAGAUGCGCAAGAUGAAGGACAGACGCUUCCUGGAGUACCUCUUCACGCCGAAAACGAUCCCGGACUUUGAGAUCCCGGUUAAAAUCAAUGCGGACUUGCGGAGCUACCAGCAGUCCGGCGUCAACUGGUUGUGGUUCCUUAACCGCUACAAACUCCACGGGAUCCUGUGCGACGACAUGGGACUCGGGAAGACGCUGCAGGCCAUCUGCAUCCUCGCCGCGGACCACCACCAGCGCAGUCUCGAUCUUUCGUGCGCACAGCUGCCCAGUUUGGUCAUCUGCCCGCCAACCCUCACCGGCCAUUGGGUGUACGAGGUGGAGAAGUUCCUACCGACGCGCUUCCUGCGUCCCCUGCACUACGUUGGACUGCCCGUGAACCGCGAGCAGUUGCGCCUGAAGCUAGGCACCUACAACUUGAUCGUGGCGUCGUACGAUAUCGUGCGGAAGGAUAUCGAGUUCUUCAGCUCCGUCCACUGGAACUACUGCAUCCUGGACGAGGGGCACAUCAUCAAGAAUGGCAAAACGAAAAGCUCCAAGGCGAUCAAGCAACUGGUUGCCAACCAUCGGUUGAUCCUCUCCGGAACGCCCAUCCAGAACAACGUCCUCGAGCUGUGGUCCCUGUUCGAUUUCCUGAUGCCCGGCUUCCUCGGGACCGAGAAGCAGUUUAGCAUGCGCUUCAGUCGUCCCAUUCUCGCAAGCCGCGAUCCAAAGAGCUCACCGAAAGAACAGGAAGCCGGCGCGCUGGCGAUGGAGGCGCUGCAUCGGCAGGUGCUUCCGUUCCUGUUGCGGCGCGUCAAAGAGGACGUACUGACUGACCUUCCGCCAAAGAUUACACAGGAUCUCCUGUGCGAGCUGAGUCCGCUGCAGGAGCGCCUGUACGAGGACUUUAGCCGGAUGCAUCUCAACUCGUCCGACAUCCGCGAGUGCCUAGAGAACAUCGAUGGCCAGAUGGGACCGGCCAACAAAAAGACGCACGUUUUUCAGGCUUUACGAUAUCUACAGAAUGUGUGUAAUCAUCCAAAGCUGGUCCUCUCACCGUCCCACCCAGAGUAUCAGAUGAUCGUGGGUGAGUUCACACGCAACGGAUCCUCGAUGGAUGACAUUGAACAUUCGGCAAAGCUUCCCGUUUUGAAGCAACUGUUGUUGGACUGCGGGAUCGGCACCAACGAGGACGUCUCGGUCAACCAGCACCGGGCACUGAUAUUCUGCCAGCUCAAGGCAAUGCUGGAUAUCGUCGAAAAUGAUCUCCUGAAGAAGCACCUACCGGCCGUGUCGUAUCUGCGCUUGGACGGCAGCGUUCCGCCGAGUACCAGACAUCACAUCGUUACCAAAUUCAACGGAGAUCCCAGCAUCGACGUGCUGCUGCUUACGACACAGGUUGGUGGGCUCGGUCUCAAUCUCACCGGUGCCGAUACGGUCAUUUUCGUCGAGCACGACUGGAACCCGAUGAAGGACCUGCAGGCGAUGGACCGGGCGCACCGAAUCGGCCAGAAGAAGGUGGUCAACGUGUACCGGCUAAUCACGCGCAAAUCGCUCGAGGAGAAGAUUAUGGGCCUGCAGAAGUUCAAGCUGCUGACGGCCAACACGGUGGUGAGCGAUGACAACGCCUCGAUGGACACGAUGGGCACGGAUCAGCUGUUGGAUCUGUUUACGCUAGCCGAUGAUACCGGGAAGCUCUGCGUGGGUGACCAGCAGAGUGGUGGUCCUGCUGCGGGCGUGACUACAUCGGCGAGACGUGGACGGAGUGGUGGACUGCAGCGUUCGAACUCAUUGACACCCUCGAGUGCCGCCAGCAGUGCGUCCACCAUCGAAGCCAACGGAAACGGUGGUGGGGUGGCCAUCAAGACGGUCCUCGAGAGUCUGCCCGAGCUGUGGGACGACAACCAGUACCACGAGGAGUACGAUUUGUCACAGUUCCUUGAGGGCUUGAAGAAGAAAUCCUAGAGAUGAGGAUAGGGAGAUGUUUUAAGUUCGAUUGUAAUUCGUCGCAGCACAAUUGUGAAUGUGCGUUAAAUGUGUGUAUCUGGUCAUUGUAGACAGAGUGUGGUGGGACUAAAAACGGUGAGAACGGCCUUCUUGUGCUGACUGACGCAACCGCAGAACCCGGGCCUUCCUAUUACGUGCACCGUUAGUCAAUCCGAACACAAAUGGACUUUUUAUUUUAAAUUGUACGAAUUCUUCAUACCCGAUGGCCCGAUCGUCGUGUCAGGUCCAGUGUUUGUAGGGUGCCUUUGGUCAUUAUACCAUUCAUAGAUAGAAGAAGCAGAGGAACCGUUGCGAAAGGGCUAAUAAUUUUGUUCUUAGUAAUGUCCGCAUCGUCUUUGAGGAAAUGCACACGCGUUUCGGUAGUCGCGUAUUUAGUUUUGUGUGCUAGUGUGUGAGAGUGUGUAGCUGUGUGCUUCUAUCACAACACAGUUUUCUUUUAAUGCCAUUUCUAUCUUAACUUAUUUCAACAAGCUUCUUUUAAAUCAUUUUUCGGUGUGUAGAGUGUGUAGUUUUACUUUCAAUUUGUGUGAAGAAACAAGGAAAAAAAAACCUAGAGAAAAUGCGAGUGAAGAUAACUUUAUUACUGUGUUUAAAAUGAGGAAAACCCUUUUAUCCGCACUCGACGAACACACGUGUUGCCACUGCAUGUCAUAAGUAAACUAUGUCCCCCUUGUCAUGGGAAGAACUGGAAUUGUAUUUAACUUGUAGAAUAAAGAAUUUAUUUCACACAGAAAUAUGUAA